GAUUGCUACGCCAAAUGACUACGAGGUCUAGUUCCUCGAGAGGUAGGAGACAUGCCUACGUCCGCACGAUUUGCGACAUGGAGGAGCCAUUGCCCCUUCUCGUGAGGAGGUUUCGGGGUGUCGAAAAUGAAGAACGAGGCUUGGGCACUCAUGUGGCUUGCAUGAGAGAUGCCUUGCCAAGCGCGGCAGUGCUAGUACUGUAAGACGGAGUAUGAGAGCGAGCAAAGUGUGAGAGAGCAGACUAUCCAUGAGAGAGCGCCAUGGCCGAGAUUGUUGGGCUCAUCACUGCCAUCGGAACCAUUGUCGCGUCAGGUUUCAAGAUAACCCGGGCCAUCGGCGCAAUCCAUGAUGACCUUGGAGCCGCGACAGCUAGUAUCAAGGCCAUUGCCGCCGAUACCAGUUUUGUGACUAUGGUUUUGGGCCAGAUUAGGGACACGAUCAGCGCGAACCGGGUGACAGACAGCGACACGCUCAAGAUCCUGGGGGAGAUUGUAUCGCGAUGCAGGACCGAUAUCGAGGAAAUCGAGAGCUUGGUUCUUCCGCUUCUUACCAAUGUUAAAUCCGGGGGAUCUCUGAGCAAGAGGCGGCGAAUUCGCUGGCUUUUCGCCAAGUCCAAAAUAUGCAGCCAGCUGGCCGCCUUGGGGUCGUUGAAAUUGACGCUGUCUCUUUUCAUCCACACCAUGCAGCUCUCAGAUGGGUAUAAUACCGAGUAAGUAAUUCUAGCAGGACGUUGUCAUCGUUGAUUUCCGGUUCAGAAGAAUUCAAGCAGGAAAUCCUGAACGCCAUACACGAGUCUAAACAUACCAAGACGACUUUUCUUGAUGCUGAGCGAGUGGAUCAGGCGGC